AUGCCUUCCAUGGACUAUGCGCUAUAUCUAUUGAACACUGUCAAAUUUAAUAUUGCACAACUCUAUCAUCUUUUUGAUGAAGAAACUUUUCUCGAGGGGCUUUAUGAAUACUACGAUCCCUCUUCCGCUCAGUCCAGUUCCAUCCACCAAAGACUUUGUCAAUUGAUCACCGAAAUAGUGCAUAUACUUAUGCAGAUCGGAAUUGCUCUACGAAUAUCUUUGACGCAAGGCCUGAACUGGGAGGUGGAAAAGUCCACUAUUUCUCCAGAACAAUAUCUGAAAUUUUCAACGUCGAUGGGUGCUCCCGUCUCUAUUCAUGACGAGGAUGUCACGUUAAGUCUUCCGGGUCCGGACUACACCUUACACAAGCGCCGUGCGCUAUCUAUUCAUGUUCGCAUGUCGAAAUUGAUUUCCACUCUUCUUACCAAGCCAUUCCUCCCCUUCGAUCUCGAAUGCACUUACUCCUGUGGUUUUGUUCUCAUUCUAAUAUCGACGUUUUACUCUGCCUACGCGGGUACCGAGCAAAAGGCACUGGAACAAGACAUUCAUUUAUCACAGAGACUCCUCGAGUUGAUGAUUGAGAGGGGGUCCGUGACGGCUAAACAUCGUCUUGCUGAAUUAAGUACGCUUGAGGAAUUAGCGAUAUUGUUAGAGAGUCAUCAUCACCAAGAACAGACCCAUCAAAGGCAGCAGCAUGCUCGAGGUCUUGAGCAAACCCAAGACGAAGAUAUAAUAACUACAGCAGACUCAAUGCUGGCACUAGCUAAUCCCUCCCAUGGGCAUCCUGAUCCUACAUCUGAUCAUCACCACCUUCAGCAACAGCGGCAGCAGCAGCAUUCGGAUCUCUCAUCUCUAUCCACAACCCAUGAUUUAUUCGAAUCAAUCGACAACACCCUUAUGGGCGACCUCGAUCUCGCGCCCGAAGGCAUUCUGGAAGUUGCGCAAUUAUUAGAGUGGAGUAGCAAUGGGAAUUUGGUGUCUGGGAUGAGCCAAAGUGGUGAACUAUGA